AAAACCUUCAUACCCAACUCCCGACCUGUCCUUGUCUCCCAACGCUGCGGACCUCCCUCCCAGCUGCAGUCGUGACUGGAGCGGCGGCCACUUUCUUUCCCACUUCCCUUACGCUGACCGUGCUGUGGUGGCAGCUUCAUCGUGAGAGGCUGGACGGCCCUCGUGGCACGACAUUCGACCCAGCCGGCGCGGCCAAUCAGACGUGCUGCUCACAUCUCCAUGGGCCGUUUCAGACGAGAGAGCCAUGCCAACAGGCCACCCCCCCUCCCUUGGCCGCCUCUUGUCCCGUCCUGUCCUCUGCUUCGUCUCUGCCAUCAUCAUCCCAGCAGGCCGUGGCUGUCUUGCCUUCAUUUUCGCUGUCCCCUUCGCCGCUUUCCCCUCCCCCUCCCUCCAUCUUUUCUCUCCCUCCAUCGUGCAUGGAAGCAGAACCCCCACUUGGUGCUGUCAGUGGAUGCUUGUCCUUGCUGUCAAUCCGCCCUUCGCCCUCGACCCAGACCCGUAACGGGCAGCACCAGCACCCCACCAUCCACCUGGCCUGCUGUAUCUGUACGUGCAUCGCAGUGCAGACAAGGGCAUCUACAAUCUUACCUUCGCACCUACGUCAAAGUCAACAAAACAAAAAGCCCCUCGGCUGGUGGCGGCUUGUCUCCCUUCUCUUUCCGCUGAGGACCUUCUCGUCCAGCCACUAGGCUGCUCCCGUUAUCUUAUCACCCCGCAAUUAGUGGGCUCCGUCCUCUGCUCUCUCUCCCAUCAGCUUC